AGCGACUCGAGCUUCUUGUCUUGCAUCUGAUUGCAUGGACUCCUCUCAUGAUAUUGAGUUAGCCACUAGAACGCCGCUGCCUCCGUCUUCAUCCACCGUCGCAGUCUCUCUGAGCGACGCAAGUGAUGUUUCCGAGACGAGUUUGCGCAACGAAUCGUCGCUCGCCCCCGUAGACGGAGGUUUUGGUGCAUGGUCCUAUCUAGCGGGUACAUUUGUGGUUGAGACUAUCGUUUGGGGUUUUCCUGAUGCAUAUGGGUCCUUCCUGAGCGAGUAUCUACUCGACCCAACAUAUGCAUCUCAACCCUCCGCGGCGACAGCCUUGCCACUCAUUGGUCCGCUUUCAUCUGGAAUGAUGUAUUUCUCAGGCUUCAUCAUAUACCCCUUGAUUGCACGUUAUCCGUUCACUCGGCGGUGGAUGAUGUGGAUUGGCGUUGUCAUCUCGUUCCUCGGCUUGUUCACAGCGACAUAUACGACAAAGGUUUAUAAGAUGGUCAUCUUGCAAGGAUGUGUCUACGGUCUCGGAGGCUCGCUUCUCUACGCUCCGACAAUCUCGUACAUGUCAGAAUGGUUCGUUAAUCGACGGGGACUUGCCAACGGCAUCAUCUUUGCUGGCACAGCUGCUGGAGGUCUCAUAGUGCCCCUGGUGGUCCCGCGCUUGAUUGCGGCUUACGGACCUGCUAAGGCUCUUCGUAUCAUCUCGAUUGUCUUCACUGCCGUGACGAUACUCGGGCUACCGUUUAUAAAAGGUCGACUACCCGAGUCUCGCGUCUCAGGACCCAGAGCGCGGCCAACGGAUCGGUCCUGGAUGUACGACAAGACGAUCUGGUUUCUGCUAGCUGCCAAUACUUUCCAUGGCUUUGGCUACUUCGUACCACUCGUGUGGCUACCCACAUUUGCAACAUCCCUUGGGUUGAGCAGUAAUACCGCAUCGCUGACGCUCGCACUCCUGAAUGGUUCUUCCGUAGUCGGACGGAUUGGGUUCGGCUUUCUGUCCGAUAGGAUCGACCCAUGGCUUCUGGCCAUGGUUAUCCUCACGUCGGCGUCGCUGUCGAUCUUCAUUCUUUGGGGGGUCUUUUCGAGCUCCUUCGCCGGCCUCCUUGUUUUUAGUAUAGUCUACGGCAGUAUCGCGGGUGGAUGGACUUGCCUAUGGACCUCGUUUAUCAAGCCUAUUGCCAAGGACAAUCUGACUCUCUCGACAUCUCUCUUCGGAUAUCUCCUCGUCUCGAGAGGCUUGGGCAAUGUCUUGUCCACGCCCAUAUCCACAUUACUGUCAAACUCUCACGUUUCCAAAUCUUCCAGAGUUUAUCAUCUGAAGACUGGGUUCGACGUUGCGGGAGGAAAGUUUGAGACAAUGAUAGUUUAUGUAGGAGCUUGCUUCGCGUGUGCUGCGUUGGUUGUUGGCAUGAACUGGACCAUGACACGGCUGAAAGGGAGGCUUGGCCAGCAAGCAGACGCCAUUCGCUCGAGCAAUGUAUUUUGAUCAUGUCUGUUUCUAC